UACUGACUGCUAGUACAUGUGUUGGCCCGAUGGAAUCUCUUCAACAAGAGUCAGCAGCUGCGGGCUUCGUUCAGCCCCUGCUCAAAGGCACAAGGGCUUCCAUCGAGGUGGCCAAGGCUGCAAGGAAUUCGAAGUCGUCGUCUAUGAAGAACUUUUCAGCUGAAAUGACUGGCUGGAUUGCAGUCAGCUCUCUUCUGAUACUCGCUCUUGGAAUUUGCUUCGAAGCAGACAGGUUUCUUAUGCUCAAGCAGUUUCAGCCAUCAUCCCUCCAAAGGAAUGAGACGGCGUUGCUAGAGUUCCAAUCCGCCGAGAUUUUUGAUGUGUUAAGUAUGUUGGUCUCCAUAUCGUGGAUGAUUGGUGUCCUUGGUUUGCACUUUCGCAGUCAAUGGAGUUCAAAGGAAAAAGAACAGAGGAAGCCACACAUUGGAGCUUACCUCAUCUAUGGCCUUUUCUUCUUUGUACUGGGCGGGACUUUUCGUAAUAUUUUCCGGUUGCUGCUCUUUUUCAAUAAUGAAACAUACAACAGUGGUCGGGUCUAUCUUCUAGUCACUAUCUUCUACAUCAUCUUGCAGGCUUUUUUUAUUCAUUGCAAUAGGAGACAGACGUUGUUCAAACGACACUUACUAAAUGGAAUCAUCAUUUUCCACACAGUAGUCACUAAUGCAAUUCUCUAUCUCAGAGUGUUCUUUGAAAGCAAACUGGACAUUUUGAGUCCUAAUGGAUCUGGAGAUGCCCAUAAAAGUGAUGAAGACAAAUAUACUAAUGAUAUUGUCAACAUGUAUAAAAAUUCCAGCAUUUUCUUGAAUCCCUUCAUGCUUGAGUUUGCUCUUACAGCAAUAGCCAUGUUGGCAGAGCUGUGGUUAGAAGGACAUGAGCAGGAACCUAUUGCACUUAGUCAGCAUGAAUUGGCACAAGUUUCUUCUACUCAGUAUAGAACUAUGAAAUUGAAAUCAAAGAGUCAGAGUGAAGGUGAAAGUGAGUUGUCUACACCUGAAAAGAUCAAGAAAGCUGCAGGAGCUGUUGUUGUAGCACUGAUUGUAUUUUGUAGUUUUAUCUUUAUGGUCAUUCUUUUCCACUUUCUCGAUAAAGAAAGCAACCCAUCUAUGGUGUUUCAUAUAUUUAAAUUGACUGUAAUCGUCAUUAUGACUGGUAUCUGCAUUGUUGGUCAUGUCAUUCUUCAUGGUAACCCAGCUCAGAAAGGAAAUGGUCCAGGGUUGGAUGAAGUCCUUCUGUACGUUGCCAUCAUGGGAUCGCUGUGUAUCGCAAUUCUACACAUCAUUUCCAGUAUUUCAAUGAUUAACAAAACUGAAUAUCAUGAUAGUGCAUGCCUACUUCUGGUUGAAAGUAUUUUAUCAAUUAUUCAAGCAAUUGUCCAGUCCACUCUGAUCUCUAAAGCAUUACACAGAGACCCAAGGAAUCUGGCUGGCUGGUUGAAGGUAUUUAGUCCUUGUCACCUUGCCAUUGUUUUGGCUGCUUUCAAUCUUGGUAUGUGGUUACUGGCAACAAUCACUUUGGAGUCUAUAGGUGAAGAUAGCAUAUACAAUCAAUAUCUGUCAGAAAACUACAGAAAAAUCGAUAAACAAUUCUAUGGAAAGCAAACUUGGUUGUGGGUUAGACUCUUACUGUUCCCAGUGAUUGUUUUCUUUCGCAUACAUUCUUUCUUUACGUUAUUCAGAAUAUUUGAUAUUCACAGUCAUAUUGCAUUGAAAACAUAGUUAUAGUUUUUAACUUUUAGUUAAAUUAAUUAAUGUUGAAGUGUGAAGUUGAUGUUGAAGUGUGUCACUUCAGUUUAGCAAAAUACAACAUCUAGAGCUUUG